AUGGGUAAAAAAUCAGUAGCAUCAGUUAAUAAAAGCAAAGAAAAACGCCAAGCGCGAAAGUUAGAACAGCGCCGCAUUGCCGAUGGCAUGUCUUAUGUUACCUCUGCAAACAAGUUAAAAGAGUUGGCUCCUUUGUGCAAAGAACUACUCGUCUAUAGGAACAAGGACUUAGAAAUAGAUAUGUACAUACAGAAAGUAACUGAACUUGACAAAAAAGUAUUAGAUUGGGCCAUAGACCUCACGGAGCGAAAUAUGAAAAACUUGUAUGAGACCUGUGCAUGGGGUUGGAAUAAGGAUGAUAAAGUUGAACAGAUGAUGGACGACUCAGCAUGGUACCUAAUAGCUAAAGAUAAAAAUGACAAACUUCAAGCAUUCUCUCAUUUCCGUUUUGACAUGGAUUUUGGUGACCCAGUUCUGUAUUGUUACGAGUUGCAAAUCGAGGCGGGUGGGCGGCGGCGCGGCCUGGGGCAGCGCGUGAUGGGCGUGCUCGAGCGGCUUGCAGCGGCCACGCGCAUGCGUUGCGUGCGCCUCACCGCGCUCACGCACAACCCUUCCGCCUCUGCCUUCUUCAGGGCUUGCGGGUAUAUUCUAGAUGAAACCAGUCCACCUAAAGAAGAAAUUUCACACUACGAAAUCCUGAGUAAAGCUAUUGAAGCCAUGGACGAAGACAGUCCGAAAGAAAACUCCGACUCUCGGAUAGAAAUAGCCGGUUCAUAGAAUUGUAUUUUUAAAGUUAUGUAAAAUUGAUGUUUUUUUUUUUAUUAUUUAUAUGAAAGUAUUUGUAAAGUGAAA